AUGUCGAAUAGUAACUUAUUUAUGAAGACAGGAUUUCUUAGAGCUCCUUUACAAAAUGGUGUUGGCCGCUAUGUGUGUCAGCUUCAAAGGAUAGUGUUUAAAUUUUGCAAAAGCCAUGGUGGUAGCCGGGGUUUAAGAGAUUUUAUAGAACAAGACUUAGUGGACUUUGCCAAGAAUAAUCCAAGCAUAGUUGUGUAUUUGAAGCCUCGUAGACACAGAUCACCUGUUAUUGUUGGUGAAUAUUUAAAUGGAGACAGAGUGUGGAUGUCCGUUAACCAAAGAACUCAUUCGGAAAUUACAAAAUGGAUAGAAAAUCUCCGAACCCAACAAGGCAAUGUGUCAGACAUACGUCUUCGUAAAUAUCAGUACACCGAUCACCCUUCGAUACAAGGGCCAUGGACGCCAUUUACAUUCAAAAACCCAGAAUUGAAUCUUGCAGAAUUGCCCAAUGUGAAAUUUGGUGAAAAUAAUCGUUUGCCUAUUUCCGCUACUGAACAGUUGAGAUUGAUGUUUGAAAAACAAAAGUUGAGCGAUGUUCAAACUGCAGAAUAG